GACGUGUUAAGUGUAAAAGAGAAUUUUUAUUUUUGGGAAAUAUGAUGUUUUUUUUUAUUAAAACAAAGAAAAUAUUGUUUUUAAAGGCGUCAUACAUAUUUUUGAGUAGUAUUAAAAACGAGUAUUUUAAGACAUUUCCCGUGAAAAUUGGUGCACAUUUUCGGAAAAGCUGACAAAGCUGAACAUUUAUCAGAAGUUUGAACAAACUAACCUCGAAUCUAUUGCAACAUUUUGUAUGCUGUCUAUCCGGGGCAUAAGAAAAUAGGACCAUUUUAAAUGUUUUUGUAUGCAAACCUGCAAAAACCAGCUGAUAUAUUUAGUUUCAUACACAAUUUUUGUUUCACUUAUAAAUCACAUUAAGCGAUACCAAAGUAAAGUUAUUAACUAAUAGAAAAAUAAUUACAUCUAUAUAAAUUUAAUAGAAAUUUAUUGCAUCAAAAUAGUGAUUUUAUACAAUAUAACACAUAAGUAAAUUUCAAUAAAAUGUCCAAAGACGAUAGGGAAUUGGAUUUGUCAAAUGCUGGUCGAGGUGUAUGGUUGGUUAAAGUACCGAAAUACAUAGCACAGAAAUGGUCAAAAGCUCCAUCAAAUAUGGAUGUUGGGAAAUUACGAAUUACUAAAACCCCAGGACAAAAAGCUCAAGUAUCUUUAUCAUUAACACAAGCAGUAGUAAAUCUGGAUCCAGAGGAAAAAAUUCCAACAGAACAUAUAUUAGAUGUUUCGGUUGUAACCAAACAAACUUUAGGGGUUUUUUCCCAUGUUAUGCCACCUGAAUCAAAUAAUGUAAAUAAUGCAAAGGAUAAAGAGACGCAAUCUGCUAUUGAAUCGGAAAAACUGUACAUGGAAGGGCGUAUUGUGCAGAAGUUGGAAUGCCGCCCAAUUGCUGAUAAUUGCUAUAUGCAAUUAAAACUUGAAUCUAUACGGAAAGCAUCUGUACCUCAGCGCAAGGUUCAGCCAAUAGAUAAAAUAGUGCAGAACUUCAAACCAGUUAAAGACCAUGCUCAUAAUAUCGAGUAUCGUGAGAGAAAGAAAGCGGAAGGUAAAAAAGCUCGCGAUGAUAAAAAUUCAGUCAUGGAUAUGCUUUUUAAUGCUUUUGAAAAACAUCAAUAUUAUAAUAUUAAAGAUUUGGUAAAGAUUACAAAACAGCCUAUUGGUUACCUUAAAGAAAUCCUUAAAGAAGUGUGUGAUUACAAUAUGAAAAACCCACAUAAAAAUAUGUGGGAAUUGAAGAAAGAAUACCGCCACUAUAAGACUGAAGAUAAAAAGGAUGAUGAAAAAUCUCCAACUGACAGUGAUUCGGAGUAGAUAAAAAUAUAUUAUUUUAAAGUCAAAAAAUUUAAUUGAUAUUUUUUAAUAAAAAGAGAUUUUCCAUAUAUGUAAACAUCUA